GUCGGCAGCAGUUCUUUACCAGCCGCGUCGCGUUAAACAACCUCGCCUCCCGCCUUGACGUCGUGGGAGACACACUUAACUAUUACCGUCUGCUUUAUCACUCGGCUAUAAAAAACCAGAGAUAGGAAAACAAUACAGUAAAACCAAACGAUUUUAUUCACGAGGGAGACGAAUGCAGUGUACUGUAGUGUGUGUGUUGUUAGUGUUGUCAUAGAUACGAGUUGAAGAAUUGUACAAGUAGGUCCAGGAUGGGGAAUAUACAGAGGGAUUAGCAGCAGGAGGCGGUGCUGGUGGGUGAGGGAGUGAUGCUUCUGCUCCUACACAAGGUUGAUCAAUGAUGGAGUGUUAUCGGCCACUUGGUCACGGCGGCGUCUUCACUACACACACCCAACAUGAGAGUCAAUUAUGUGCUGGUUGACUCCUCCUCGAUGGUGACUUCCUCCCCACAAUGUGAAGCUUGUGAUAACCUGUCCCAGAAACACCGCCUAGAAGUGAGAGAAAGCAAUGACCUAUUUUACUGUGCACAAUGUUUGUUAAACCUGACCUCAUUGUCAUCAUCACCGCCUGAGUGGACAUAGUGAACUGUAUGGUGAGUCCCCGGUGAGGAGGUUUUAUCCUGAUGUAUUCCUCUUACCGAAGACACACACUCCAGAUGAGUGAAGCUCAGCAGGGGGUGUCUCCCCUCGUCAACCCCCCCGGAGUGUGUUCCGCCUCACCCCCACCCACCAACACCACCCUGGGGGAGAGGAGCAACACUGCCACGGGACAAAGGGGCACAAGUGCCACAGGGGAAGGAGGCACCACCAGACAGGACAAGACUAAAGGUGACACACCCAAGAUCACCGUCACCAAGAGCACUCCUGUACCUAAGACCCCUCCGUCACCCUCACCACUACCAGCCUCCACCACCACCUUCCAGUUCCCCGUCAUCCUGGAGCCGAGCCGCGUCAAGUUCACCACCAACCAUCCCCUCCCCCUAGCCUUCCAGCCUCCCCCACACACCCCCUACAAGGGUAAACUCCCUCCUGUGGCGUCGGCGUCCCACAUGCAGACAGUGUUCGACAGUAACGGCGUGUUCACCAUCACCAAGGGCAGCCCCAGCGACAGCACCAACACGCGGCCACAGUCUGUCAUCAGCCAACAGCCACUCACCAUCCUUCCGCUGGCACCAGACUCACAAGGCAACAACAACAAUAACAACACCGACACGGGCAGCAAGCACGAUCGCCUGACGCUCUCUUCGUCUGGCAGUGACAUGAGCAGGAAGACAGUGGCUACCAGCCCGGACAGUGUGCAUCAGGACCCCCCUCACACUCCCGUCACCAGGAAGACGAACUGCUGCGACAGAAUGUGUGACAACUUCUCCAUUUUCUGCUGUAUGCUGUGCGACUGUUCGUGCUGCCACUGUGACCUCUGCUGUCUGCUGUGUCGAGUGUGUGUGGCCAUGUAACCUCUGCUGUGUGGAGUCACCCCAACAAGGCAACGGAGGAACUUCAAGACGGCAGUGUUGGAUAAAUACCACGAACAUGAUUGCUUAAACCAUUUCCUUAUUCAUCUUACAAAAAUUAAAAAAAAAAACUGUCAACUUGAAGCUAACUUUAACAUAACAAGCCACCUACGGUUAUGUACAAUUAGUUUGUUAGUUUGAAUAGAUUUGUUUUGGUUUCAUUGGUUCAUUGCUGCAAAAAAAAAGGGGGGGGGGAGGGUUAGCGGUUCCGUUUGUGGUACAAUUUUAAUAGCGACAACCUGGUGGAGAAAACACGCAAGCAACUAUCAACUUGCUUCCACAGAGUCGUCAACGGCCGCCAGACGCAGCGCAAGCGAAGUGGAAAGCCAGAAUGAAGUGUGACAACGCAUCAAAGUGGCUGGCACACUUAACCUACUAUGCAAAAAUAAAACUCAGAAGUUUAUUGACAGUACGGCAAAACUCUAGCCUAUAGUAACUUGACCUCUAGGUGUUGUAUAGUAUUUUUGAACGCGACAAAAAUUUUAAAAUACUGAAAAGUUUUGGAAAAGUUUACGUUAAAAGUGAUUAUACCAAAAACUCAAGUUGAAAAUGAUCAGGAGAGUGGCGAUAUGUUAAGGCCUAGUCAAAUUUUUUUUUCAGGUUUGCACUUUUAAAUAUAAUUCAGUAUACCAGAAACAGGAGAGAGGAGGGAGGUUUGGCAGACCAGCAGGUUGUCAUACUGGAGGGUUCAUAGUAAAGGAAGAUAAAAUGAUUCAAAGUAUGUGGUUUAAAAAACAAACUUAUCAUACUAAUAUCAAAGUAAAAAUAAUGGGACCAAUUAAUUAAGAUAACGACAAAAUACAGUUGUGCACUUGGUGUCAUAUUUCUCAGUACACAUUGCAGUAUCUGGCAUCUGAUGUUGGUCACGUGUAAUUGGCUUACAGAAAACAAAGACGAAUAAAACAAUAUAAAACAAAGAUAUUUGAGUAAAUCAGCGUAAAAAAUACUUCCUUAAAUAUACCUGAUCCUUAUAGGUGAUGUCAGAUAAUGUCAACAGUGUCAAAUGAAGUUAACGAGCAACUGUACAUGGUUCAAUAAUUCAGUGGUAACAAAACGCGUACAACAAAACCACACAAGAGCGACAAGAGGCAGUAUUUGACAGUGAGGAAGGGAGUGUCAACACAGCUGCAGUGGGACGCUGAAGAGACACACACACACACGCGUUGGUGGUGAUAAGUUAUGACGCACACACACACACACACACACGGAACAAUGCAUGAACUCACUGCAAUGUUCAUCAUCAAUAACAACCUAAUCUAACCAAAAUUACGUGAAUAAACCUUACCCAAUUAACCUGACUUUACUCAAAUUAAUGUAGAGGACCUCAUCUAUGGAAAAUAUCCAAACAAGGAACGUAAAAUGAAGAACAAUUUCCACUCAGCACUAACACAAGUUUGAUGCAGACAUUUUCAACCUCAAACAACACUGGUCGCCUUCUUUCAUUUCUUGUUCAAUGACCAGUUAUUUGCAAGCAAUAUUUCACACCCAGACAUAGAUCUAUAACAUACACACACACAUUCUCACAGACCACCAGGUUCAAACACUGCACCAUUUGUAUUGAUUUGCGAUAACAUUAUAGUAUAGCGAAUAGUGGCAGCCAAAGUAUACUGUGUAUCUGUGAUUUAUACUUUAAAAUGUCGCCAUAAUGCAAUGCUACCAAGAGAAUGGUUUAAGUAACAACAGAACAGAUUAUUGUUGUCAGUUGAGAGUAUUGGCAUUUGUCUACACUCUACAGUCUACAGCCAAGGGUCGGGGAAUUUUUUUGAGUAAAAUGAAAUUACCCCCAGACUUCAAAGUACACUAGUACAGUAAACAAGAACAAGCCAAUUUGCUCCUCGAGUAAACUGAGGCUCUGAUGGAAGUGUCUCAUACCGCAUGCAUUAUCCCCAAAAUUUUUAGAAUUACCCCAUUUAGGGUAAUUUACCCCUGUUCCCCGACCUCUGCUCUACAGAGUUUUGCGUGGGUGGCGGGUGUGUGUGUGUGUGUGGGUCGUGCGAGGCAGCUGUCGUAGCUCUGUUAUCAAUUAUCUCCAUAUUCCCAAUAAUUGUUUAGUUUUUCGACUUACUUAGAAUACGUGCUUAAAGAUAUUAGUAGUUAAAGCAUAGAAAUACAUAUAUAUAUAUAACUACUACUUUGUAAACAAGGUGUCUCAGGCAACUGUGAGGUAUAUUCAUUGAGUAUACAUUAAGACUAUAGGCUGCGGGUGAGAAGGGACCCAUCAUAUCAAUAGAAGCCAUUAUUAUUAUAUUAUUAUUAUUAUUAACAGUAGUAGUAGUGUAACAUUAUUUUCUUCAUUCUUUCAUCUAUCCUCACUUUUGUUACUGUUAUUAAUAUCUGCUUUCUCUUGCGAGGGAAGAUGGGAGACUAUUUAUAACUAUAUUCACUUAAAACUAUAAACGCGCAACUCGUUUUAGUCAGCAACAUACAUAAAAAACUGAUAUUAUUAGAAGGAAUGAAAUUAUGAAGAAAACCCAGUGUAUUUAUUGAUGGAUAUUGAAACUAUUCAAAAGUGUCAUUAAAACACAACUGUUAAAUAUAUGACUCCAGUGAAGGUUAGGUUUUAUACUACUUAAACUUUUAUAUUUACUAUGAAACAUUUGAAGUAAUGAUAUGAAUUUAACCACGUUUAUAAGUUAAUACUACAGAAGAAAAUGUUAAUGUUUUGUACUUCAUUAAACAUGUGUAUUUUGACAUGAUAAUUUUAUAGUAAAAAGUUUGGGUGUGUGUUGAUCCAUUUAAUGUUGACUUAGGUCGUUAUUUACUCAAACUGUAUGAAUGCAUGAGUGUACAAGUGUUCUUAAAGCAACAGACGGCAGGUAAUGCAUUAAACACAAACACUAGACUGGCUGGAGAGGCUUGUCAUUGGCGAUAUUAAACGGGAGAAAUAAUUUUAAACCAAGAAAAUGUAAGAUAAAGGGACUUAAUGUGAUUGUGUGAGAGCUACUUUAAUUACUGAUAUUAAUACAUUUAGUACACACAUUCUUACAGUGACGCCACACUUCCAGGCCACGGACGCGGAUUCAAGUUUAUGGUGUUUUAGAGUUCCAGUGUGAUUUGGUCAACUUUUUUCUUAUCGUUAAAGUAACUAAACCAAGUAAUCUAACUUAACCUAUAACCUAUUGUAACAUACCGGGAAACUCUCAUCCCACUUUUAGGCAUACUAAGAACAGCCUACCGUUUGAGUUUUGAAAGUAUUGCCUCUCCCCUCUCCUCUCCUCUCCCCAGUUUACAUUCCUGGCAACGUGAAAAGCGGAACUGACCAAGCGCCGUGGAGGAUGGAGGGCCCUCAACAUGAAGUGGCACUAUACCCUCCCUCCCUCCCUCCAAAGUCAACAUGUGUUACGUAAGGAUUUGAAGGAUUACAAAACUGUGAAGAUUAUGGGAUGUGCACAACGGUAACAAGUCGUAAUAACAGCAGACGAAAUGAAACAACGAAAAGAGAAACCGUUAAAUGUAAGACUUACAACGUUAACUGCUAAGAAAGCAUUAUGUUAAAUUCUGAAAUAUCAAAAAUAAAUUCAUAAUAAAGUAGUGGGGAAGAACAAAAGAAUUAUCAGAUAAAUGGAGAGCUCAGGCACUUGAAAUUCACAUUGUGUUUCUUCCUCUUGUCGUAAUGAAAGGCCUCUAGUGUGCUUCUCAUCAUCUCAACUCCUUUGUGCAUCUUCCUAACCUCCACGUUUUAAUAAUUGUUCAUCACAGAAAUACUGCCCCUCGUUUCCUCUUAAAACCUUAGUUCUACGCUCCGUAAGAAUCAUUUCCGUCAAUAAAAAAAAGUUGUUCCCUGAAAAGUGGCGUCACGUAAUGGUGUAAAUGUACAAAUAUAUUUAAAUUGUUAACAGGUUAGUUUUUCCCUGUGAUAUUUUUAAUCUAUUUUUAGAAAAAAAUCACGAAACAAAGAUGAUUAAACAAGAGCGAGAUCGUAAUAAAAAAAAAUAUAUGAUCAUUUUGCAUACAGUAUUUGCAAAUGAUAAAGAAUGUAAUAUGGGUUUGUGUUACUAAACUUUGGAACUAAACAUUACAAGACCAACUGCUCAAGCGCAAAAAAUACUGUAUGCAAAUUAUUCCUUCAGACUAGUCAAACAAGCAAUCAAAUUAUUAUAUAGUCACUGUUAUUAGUUGGCGAGGUUAGAUCAAAUUAUAUUAAUACAAAACAAGUUCAUGAACGUACUAAUACAGAUGCUACUUUGUGUUUGUACAUUGAUAUUUAUUAAAACAUAAUUGUUAAUACCAUGACUGUUGAGCGGCGUGAACAUUUCUUAUAAACAUUUGAAUAUUAAAUUUUGUUUACUGUGUAGGAACAUUCCAUUCUUAAGUAUUGUCAUAUACAACUAUACUCAUUUGAAUAUUAUUAUGCGCCAUAUAUUCCAUUAACAGGCCUUAAUAGCGCAAGAUACACUAAAACAACUUAUUAUUUAUUUAUGAAUACAGUAUUGGCAGUACAUAUUUAAUUACCUAGAAAUUACGUAAAUUUCACUUAUUUAAUACUCUGUCAAUCUUCAUAAUCAGAGCUUUCGUGUGCACAAAUCAACUAGGCUACACAAUGAAUCAAAUCUACAUUACUGUUACUGUUAUGUAGACGUGUGUGAAUACUCAAUGCUUGAACAAGAUAGUAACGAAUGAUAUGAGUCUGUUCCCAGGAAGGUGAAGGAUGAUUGAAACACACUCCUCAGGUGAAUUACUUAAAUGUGAAAUUCUAUAUUUCAUUGCAGUAUAAAGUUGGGAUUACCUGAAGAUUAGCCCCUACACCUUAUUCCAUUUUGAGAUUAAUUACCCUAACCUAAUUUAACAAUAAUCAUUUCUAGCCUAAUCUUACCUAUCUUAACCAAAAUCUAUUCUUACCAUACGUAACCUAAAUCUAAUCAUACUUGACCACAACUAAAUUUAACGUAACAUAACCUAAAUUUAACCUAACUUAACUUAAACCUAACAUAAGAUAAUCUAAAUCCAACCUAACUUAACAUAACCCCUCCAGGCAGCGUUAGGGUGUCUCAGGAAUAAUCUUCAGGUGGCCCCAAAGUUGUCUCAAAUGAUUGCAGGUGUAAAAAUGAUUGUUGUGUGUUUUCCUGUCUGUAGUAAUGUUUGUUUAAUAACACAGAAAAUGACAAAUGUUGCACUGUAAAUAUUUACUUUAUUACUUCCAUUCAGUCUUCAUAUCUUAACUCCAGUGUAUAAAUUGCCAUGAGUAUUAUGUCUUCAGCUGAGACAAAUAUUAUACGUAGUGAUAAACUCUGAUAUUAUCUACACUAAGUAUUAGGAUGAUAGUUUAUCUCAUCCUUUUAAUGAAUGCGUCGGGUCCGGGAUUUAUUGCGUUGUGUGUGAUAUUGUUUCGUCCCUAGGUCACUUAUUGAAAGACAUUGUAUUGAAAAAGAUAGACAGGUUAUUUUGGUGUGUUUGUAAGCUCGUACAAGUGAGGGUGACAAACUAUGGCAGUGUCAAGAGCGGAGUUGGUCCUAGUUACCCCGUCUUCACAGUACACAAGAGGAGACUACAGCCAAGAGAAUCAUCCUAACGUGAAAUCCAUUAAGCCAUUCUUCUACAUAAUCCUGGGGGGGUUUGAUGUUUUUUUUAAAUUAAUAUAGAGUUUGUUUUCGAUAUUAGUGACAAUAAAAUAAAUGUUCCAGGGAUGAUGAUGAUGGACAUUUGUGAUGUAAGGAAUCAGAAGGAAGGAGCCACACUUUGACGAUAUCGUGGUACGUGUAGACUAAUGAUGUACAAAACUUGUUUACAUUGUAUAUUCACAGUUGAUCUCAGAAUAAAGACAGAUACUUCAGAUACAAGAGAAAGUCUUUCAGUAGAGCUUCUGUACAUAGCAAAAGCUUCAUAGUAGGAGUAUUAUAAGAGCUUAAUAGACUUGCUGACAGUUAUCUCUGCUGUAGUAGUUCAUAAUGAGUCGUCUUGACAUAAUAGAGGUAUUUUGCAUAUAUAUAAUACAUUCUCAUCAACUCUUUUUAACAUCUGUAGUCCUUGCCAAGGUCUAGUGUGUCGAAAUAUGUUGAGUCAGACUUUGGUAAUACAUUUCAUAUCAUAAUUCAAGUAUGGCAAAGUAGGUGUUGAGUAAACGUAGCCUACAGGUGCCAAUACUUGUAGAUAGAGGUGUAGAUACAUGUAGACGCUUAGAUGCAAGUACAGGUAGAGAUAGUGGUUCAAGUACCGGUACAGAAGAGCAGUGUUAGAAUUACAGGUAAAAGUACAGGUACAGUAAUUUCCAAAAGGUAACUAACCAUAUUACGCUAUCAGUCUCCUUCCUACCUUACUGGUCCUGUAGUCUCAGCUGCCGUCAGUGUAGCUAACUAAAAUAAACAAUAUUUUAGAUAUAAAACAUUUCUUACUAGAAGAUACCAGUGUGCCUUAUAAAUACAUUAACUUCCUUUAUAAAAGGUAACAACUAGUAUGGAUUUGUAUAUCUGCGAUUCAAGUAUGUAGUUUGUAUGAGUCAAUAAAGUUACAAUAUU